CGUGCUGGGGCUGCUUCCCUGGGGCGGGACCUAACACUAGGCCAAAGCGCGGGAACCAUGAAAAUACGGGUCGCGGGAGGCUGCUCGGGAACCGGGCGAUGAGACGUGGUGACGUCCGAGAUACUACGCCUGCGGAAUCCAAACUCUACAAGGCUCAACGUUGUUUACAGACUGGGGAAGCAGAAAAUAGCUAAAGAUGAAAGCAUUUUGGACCAUUUACAAGCAGCUCAGUUCCAAGGGGUUUUCUGUAGAACCAGCCCACAUUGUUGGUUUCUCCACUUCCUCCUAUUCAUGUGGCCCGAAGAAGAAAAACCCGUAUGAAGAAGUGGACCAGGCCAGAUACUCUCAGUUAGUAAGGUCGGUCUUGUCAUUCCGAGGUCCUGGUCAGACUCCAGAAUCGCUGCUGGAGGAAGAUGCUUUACUCUUCGGACCUGUGAGUAAAGCCAAACCCCCAAAGCAAGACAAAGCCAGAGUUCCCCAGAACUGGUUUCCUAUCUUCAAUCCAGACAGGAGCCUAAAACCAAACACAAGUGCGCCUUCAGUUCCUUUGAAAAUCCCUCUGCAAAGGAGUAUCAUACCAAGUGUGACCCGGGUCCUGCAGCAAACCAUGACAGCAGAACAGAUUUUCUAUUUAGAGAGGUGGAGACAGCGAAUGAUUCUGGAGCUGGGAGAAGAUGGCUUUGCAGAAUAUACUUCAAACAUCUUUUUACAAGGGAAGCGCUUCCACGAAGCCUUGGAAAAUAUACUCUCAGCCAAGGGGAACAUAAAAGAGGAUGAAAGUACCCUCACCUGUGGCUACAUCAGAAGCGUGCAGCAUCUUCUGAAAGACCUGCAUGGAGUGCAUGCUCUCGAGAGUGCUGUCCAUCACGGGGCCCUGCAGUACGUGGGGCUGCUGGACUGUGUGGCCGAGUACCGGGGCAAGCUGUGUGUGAUCGACUGGAAGACGUCGGAGAAGCCAAAGCCGCUCCUCCGGAACACGUACGACAACCCGCUGCAGGUGGUGGCCUACAUGGGUGCCCUAAACCAUGACUCCAACUACAGCUUCCAGGUGCAGUGCGGCCUGAUCGUGGUGGCCUACAAGGACGGGUCCCCCGCGCACGCCCACUUCCUGGACACCGAGCUCUGCUCCUGCUUCUGGGACAAGUGGCUGCUGCGUCUGGAAGAGUACAUGGAAAAGGACCAGAGCCGGGAUGGUCAGAAGCCAGGAGAGGGCAAGGACACAGCCAGAGCAGGCGCUGCUCUCCCCGCAGGGGAAGAGGGAUCACAGUCUCCUGCUUGCUGAGAGCUAAGAGCUGCACUGGCAGAGGCACAAGGAUUCCCCCACUGAAAUACACCACCGCUGACCGGUGAUGCCACCCCGACACAUACUGACGCCAUAGAGGGCAGGGCAGCAGGUGUGGGCAGCUGUCACCCCCUUGGGCACUUGCACAUAACUCGAGGCUUAGUUAAGAUGGAAGGAGCUCACAGGCUGAGGCCCACCCAGGGUGUGUGCGCCAUCCCAUGCCAUUUUACGGCAUAUGUAUAGACGGGUUCACUGAUCCUGUCAGGGAAAUGAGCUCCUUUUCUAUUUUUUCUUUUUUUGGUUUUUUUGAGACAAGGUCUCGCUGUAUAGUCCAGGCUU